CUCAGUAGCUGAAUUGAAUGUUUUGACAGUCUGUCUUUAUCUCGAGGUUCUAUCUUUGUGUUGAUGUGUGUUGUCUGUAAGCAUUAGAAACCAUCUUAAGAAAUGUUUUGGCAGAAACAGAAAGAUAACCAAAGCAUUUGAAGUGGUUGUUUUAUAGCCGUCAGAUAUUUGCAAAACGUUGGAUUUAGACAGAUAAAAGGGAACACUAUUUAGAUUUAUAUUGUCAAUAUAAAUACACUAAACACGAUGCAAGAAGAACAAAUAUCACAAGUUAAUCUGUCAGAGAUUAGGAGAACAUUUCAACAUCUGGAUAAAAAUGAGGACAAUAAACUGUCGGCUGCAGAGUUUGUUAGAGGCGGAAAAAUAAUUCGAGUUCAAAUGACGAAGGAGGAAGCACAACAAAUGAUAAACGGAGUAGACACUGAUGGAAGUGGUUAUAUAGAAUAUGAAGAAUACGAAAAACUAAUGAAUAUACAAUUGAAUAAAAUGGACAAGCAGACAGCAAUGCAUCGGAAAAACUUUAAGAAGUAUGAUAAAGAUGGUAGUGGUUUUAUUAACCUAGAAGAAUUGAAAUUAGUUCUCAGUCAGCCAGGGUAUGAUAUGACGGAAACGACAAUCUUACAACAUUUCAAUAAAGCUGACAAAAAUAGUGAUGGAAAGAUUUCUUUUAAUGAAUUUGUGAAGUAUUUUUGCGAAAUGUGACCAUUGUUACCACAUCAUUAAAUAACGAACGAAAUGGUACAAAAACAACACGCUCAUAGAGAAGACAAUAUAGAUUAUAUGUAUAUAUAAUGAUUCAAAUGGGACUAUGUAAGAUUUUUUCUGGAAAAAAACCCAGAUGUUUAUUCAAUUGAUAUUAUAUUAUGUUGGUCUGAUACUAAUAGAUACUGUGUAUGAACCUUGUUUUUAAUAAUGUUAAUUUUAAAACAAAUAGAUGCUAGCUUUUGUACUGUUGUGUGACAUUGUGUCAUACAUUAGAUUAAAUUG